UGUAUAAUAUUGCUGGAGCAUAGUCCUAAAGGAACUGAUUGACAGCAGCAACGUCAGCAAGAGGGGGGAGACUCAAAGGGGAGGGAGAAAGAAGGCCAAAAAUUCUAUCUCUGAGAAACAUUUUUUAGAGAAGAUCAAGGAAAAGUUUCUGUGGGAUCUGGGAAUGUCUCCUCACUGCAGUCUGUGAUCAGUGUGAAGGAUGCAUACACUGGACAGGGACCAUUUCAGCAGUACCACUAGUUGUUUCUAAUUCUCCUGUCAAAAGCUGACCCUCAUCUCUCAGCCUUCAGUUUCUGCACCAUCAUCGGUCCUACUCAGAACCAAUCUGAUUCUGGCCAGACUUUACUGCUUCUGUAACAGGACAAAGAAGAAAAGGGCUUGUAAUCGAACCUAUUACUUUCAGGACAUGCUACUUCUUUUUAUUUGGAUGCAAUUGUCAAAAUAUAAGUGAAGUUUAAGACUUUGGACCCACUGAAGCCAGUGUUGUCCAUGCUGUUGUUGAAGUGUCAAUCCAGACCAUGCUAGAAAAAGAAAUGCUACAGGAGAAAAGCUUAUCUGAAGGUGAGGAUGGGUUUACAACAGGCCAAACUUCUGGACAUGUUGAAGCAGCAGCAGGAUCACCAGCAUUGGGAGUAGCUGGACUAAGCAACACGUUGAACAGUCCACAGAGCCAAGAUCCAGAGCAGACAAUAGAAAAUAUUAAAGUUUACCUUCAUGAGAAGGAACUGUGGAAGAAGUUUCAUGAAGCAGGAACUGAAAUGAUCAUAACCAAAGCUGGCAGAAGAAUGUUUCCCAGCUAUAAAGUUAAAGUUACUGGGAUGAACCCCAAGACUAAAUAUAUUCUACUCAUAGACAUUGUUCCAGCUGAUGAUCACCGGUACAAAUUCUGUGACAACAAAUGGAUGGUGGCUGGAAAAGCAGAGCCUGCAAUGCCUGGAAGAUUAUAUGUGCAUCCAGAUUCCCCAGCAACCGGAGCUCAUUGGAUGCGACAGCUGGUGUCAUUUCAAAAAUUAAAGCUGACCAACAACCAUCUUGAUCCCUUUGGACAUUCCCACCGUGAUAGAGAUGCUGCCCAUUCGCUGCACACCACGGAAACCAUAAUUAUUUUAAACUCCAUGCACAAAUACCAGCCCAGGUUACAUAUUGUCAAAGCAGAUGAAAACAAUGCCUUUGGAUCCAAAAACACAGCAUUCUGUACGCAUGUAUUUUCAGAGACAGCAUUUAUAUCUGUGACGUCUUAUCAGAAUCACAAGAUUACCCAGUUGAAAAUUGAAAAUAAUCCAUUUGCCAAAGGCUUCAGGGGAAGUGAUGACAGUGACCUCCGCGUGGCUCGCCUGCAAAGGACAGAACUUUUGGAGUCACUCUGCACAUGCUCAGUUUGCAAAGAAUAUCCUGUAAUUUCAAAAAGCAUUAUGAGACAACGAUUGGUAUCGAGUCAUCCUGGACAGCUGCCGAGCAAAUCAGACCUUAAUGCACUACAUAGCCACCAAGGCCUUCAGCAUUAUCAAUAUGAAAAUGGGGCACACAUACAGUUUACUGCAUCUGAUGCUCAGGAUCUGCCACUCAACACUUUCGCAGCGCAAAGAGAUUCUGGGUUGUUCUAUCACUGUUUAAAAAGAAGAGAGGGUGCACGCCACCUUGAGCUUCCUUGCAAGAGAUCUUACCUAGAUCCCUCUUCUUCUAUGACAGACGAUCACUACUUUCGAUCCCCUCCACCGUACGACCAACAGAUGUUGAGCCCAUCUUAUCGCAAUGAUGUCACACCCAGAGAUGCAUGCAUGUACUCUACUUCAGGACCAGAAAUUGGCGGAGUGUCAGGAGUUGAUGAUUUACCUCCACCACCCCCACCGUUAAGCUGUAAUAUGUGGACUUCUGUUGCACCAUACACAAGUUAUAGUGUCCAAACAAUGGAAACUGUACCGUACCAGCCUUUUCCGACUCAUUUUUCCACCACCGCCAUGAUGCCUCGCCUUCCAACAAUUGCAAGCCAAGGAUCGCAGCCUUCAAGUGAAUCUCACUUUAGUGUCUACAAUCAGCUUUCACAGUCUCAGGUACGGGAAAGAGUUCCCACUUCAUCUUUUCCUAGAGAGAGAGUUCACCCUUCUCUGUGUGAAAGAAAACCUCCAUCUCCUCACAUAAACACAGCCAAUGAGUUUUUAUAUUCUCAAAGCUUUUCUUUAUCUAGAGAAUCAUCCCUACAGUAUCAUUCAGGCAUGGGGACUGUGGAAAACUGGACCGAUGGAUGACUGCAGCUGCAACGGACUGAAUAAUUAAACUCCAGUCAUGUUCUAUUGACCAAGACAAUCUGUACUAUGUUGUGUUAACACCUGUGAGUAUCCUACACUUACGUAAACUCUUCUUCCAUGAUUCCAAAGGAAUACUAUACAGGGUAAAAUUAUCCAUCGAGAUGGCUUGUGUCUACCAUGUAUGCAACAUUGAGUUUAUCAAAACAGGAGUCAUAGCAGAUAUUCGUAGGAUUAAGAAAAAAAAUACAAUGAUGAAAUCACUAAAAUGUUUGCAUGCUGAAUAGCUAUUUAUAUCUAUACAUAUGUGUAUAUAUAUAUAAAAGUAUAUAUAUAUCUAUCAAAAAUGAGGCCGCGUUGAAGCUUUGCUUUUACAGAUGAUAUGCUUAAUAAAAAUUGUGAAUGUUACCAGGGUUUUUGAAGACAUCUAUUUAAGAUUUUUUAUGUUGAUGUAGAAAAAACGAAAGUAAAGAUGGCUAAUGGAAGUAAGUGAAAUAGCAUUUAUAUCUAUCAGACAAUAAUCUAUACCAUCUAUGAGAAAUCCAGAUUUACCCAAACAAAUUUGAAAUGUCAUUUUUAAGAUAUAUCAUAGAUAUUUUGCUUACAAUGAAUAAAGGGGGAUAAAAAUACAUUUUCUGAUGAUGCAGCAGUUCCAGUUGUUUUCAAUAAUGUUUAUCAUUUUUUGAAGCUAUAAAUUAUAUCUGAAGCUGAUGUCAAGUCUAAAUUUCAAGAUUAUAUUCUUGAAUCUAUUGCAUCCAUAAACCAUAAAUCUUUUUUUCAGAAAAGUAGCCACACUUUCAGACAUAAUAUAGAAUUUUUGUUUCUUUAUUGGUCAUUUUUAUUUCCUCUGGAAUAGUGAAAAACAUUAAAAUGAUGUUGUGAUUUGAUUUGAA